ACCAUAUCUCGUUAUUUUUUUGCCAGCUCGCAAAUUCGAAUUUUUGAAAUUUUCAACAAAAAAACUUUAACUUCAAACAAAAUGUUCAAAUUGAUCGUCACUUUUACUGCUCUCUGCGCUGUAGCCUCUGCCGGUUACCUUAGUGGCUAUGGACUUGCUGGUCAUGGUUUGGGUUACAACGGCUACAGCGGCAUUGUUGCCCCAGCCUAUCAAGCACCCGCCGUCGUGGCUACUGUACCAGUUGUGAAGACUUACAGUGCGCCCAUCGUGGCUGCACCGGUGGUGAAGACCAUCGCCCCAUUGGCUACCUCAUACGCCUCAUACAAAUCGAUUCCUGUAGUACAUGCCGCUCCAGCUGUAUAUGCGGCGCCAUCUUACGGUUCGCUAGGUCAUUAUGGUCUGAGCUAUGGCUAUGGUCAUGGUUUCUUGCACAAGUAGAGUAUAGUGAGCGAACUAAGUACAAAUAAUGUGAAUUAUACUGGACUGGAAUGUGGAAAAGGAUAAGGAUUACUUGUACAGUAAUAAAUAUAUUUGGCUGACUUGAGUGAAUUGAAAACCUAUUCAUCUUGCAAGAAUGAAAAUGACUUAAGUACAAACAGCAAUUGGAGUCAGUGCGCAGAAUGAAGAGAAGCGCAGUUUUGACUACUGAGCACUAACACAUUUUUGUAUGUUUUGUUUUCACGUACUCGAUGCUGAAUAUAUUUUUAUGUAUAUUUUAAUAAACUAUUAAAACGAAAUUAAA